AUGCGAUAUGAGAUCUAUAGGAACAAGUAUGUACAGCAGAGAUUACGACAAGAUGAUGCUUGUUUCCGUAAACACGGACUGGUAAGGGCAGAUAACGUUAUGAGGCCAAUGGCUGCCUGCGUGGACAACUGGUACAAGGUGAAUGUGCUAUGGAGUAUAUGGUUUGUAGCAGAAGUCCGUGCGAGCGGAAAUAAUACGUGGCUACCAAUAAGAUCUAUAGGGAGAAUAUAUACAACAGAGAUCACACAAGAUGAUGCUCGUUUUUGCAAUCACGGACUAGCGGGAAUUUGUGGCGUAGUAAGUACGAGCGUACUCCUCUUUUUUCUUCUCUCCUUCUUUUCACUUCUGAGGCUAAAAUAAUU